AGAAAACGAAAACAAAAAGCGAUUGCAGAUUUUUGCUGUUGUUUUAGGGAUCCGCGCACGAUUGCUAGGAAUUUUUCCAAAUUUUUACAAUAAUUCGUGCCGCGAAUCGUUAUCUUAGUGAGUCAAUAGGAUGUUUUCCGAAAAGAUACGACAGUUAACUUUACUUUUGGAGAAACAAGAACUGGAGGCUCCCAAUGGAAUUGUUUCCGUUCAACUAUAUUCCGAACUGUUCGCGGCCUAUUUGUACAGAAACGACUUAUGCAAUGCCCGCUUCCUAUGGAAGCGCAUCCCUCUCAGUAUCCGGAACGGGCACGGCGAACUGGAACAAAUGUACCGGGUGUAUCAGUGUCUGUGGAACAACGACACAGCCGGGUUCUACAAAGCCAUCAACCACGACUGGUCUAAACACGUUUCGGAGCUGAUGUUCGAACUUAAAGAAAAGAUACAACAGGAAACGCUCAAUCUAAUUGGUCGCGCAUACAGUUCAAUCUUUGAAAACGUGUUUGCCGAAAUGACCAACCAGACGCCGGAUAUGAUCGAUGAAACGUGUCGAAACCUGAACUGGGAAAUAGUCGAGGGACCCCGCCCGCGUUUGAUCGUGCCAAAGCAUCCGGCAGCCGAUAAACCGAUCGUGGUCAGCUCCGAAGACCAGCUGCAGAAACUGACGGACUUUGUUUCGUUUUUGGAAAACUAAUCGAUUCCAGUUGUGUAGAUUUUGCCCUCUGUUUCUCUUAACGAUAUUGCAGUAUCUCAUACGAUGGUUCGUUCAAACCCCGUUCUGGAUUUAAAUUUAUUUUUAAUUACAUAAUUUAAAAUAAUAAGCUUGAAAUCAAGAGUGGUAAAGUUUGAUACUCAGAUGCUCACCUCCUAUCCGACGUUUGGCAGUUUCUUGUUCUCGUGCAGUAUAAAAUCAGGUGAGUAACUUUCUACAAGUUUGGUACCAAUUUUGCAAUUUGUUCGAAAAGAUCAUAAGUAGAUCUGUACCGAAUUCUGACGGAUAUUCGGCUCACCGAAUAGUUGCACUUAGUACUCGUCCAAAUAUGCCGAUUAAAAUACAAA